GUUUUGAGUUUCGACGCGCGUUGGCCGUCCGUGAGUCAAGCUGAAAGGAAUUAAUAUUAGAACACGCAUUGGGCACAAUCAUGUGGCGCCUCGCGCUGCUCCUGGCGGCACACACGCGAGCGCUGCGCGCACCAGCCAGCCUAGGCCGCCGCGCUGCCGCGUUGCGGGCAGCAGAGAACGAUAACCCGGACUUUUUAGAGCAAAACCUAGGAGACGCGUCGACGGCCGGCGAAAACAAAGCGUUCAAGCCGUUCCUGCACCCGCUCGCCGGCGUGAGCGUGAGCCCGCGCGGCUUCGUCGCGGUGCUCGCGUCUCCACAAACAGACGGGGAGGCCCAGCGCGCGCUGCCCGUCGUGAUUCAUAGGGCGGACGUGGAUAGGAUUAGGAGCCCCUACGCGCUCGCGUUCUUACAAUUAAUCCAGGGCAUCGACGUCGCCACCGCCGCCAUCCUCCCGCCGGACGCGCUCCAGAAGCACGUCGGCCGGGACGACGCCGUCCUAAAGCGCGUGCGCGUCGUCGCCGCGACGCAGAAGAAACCUACGACUGAAAAGCGGUCCGCGGCGUUCGAAAAAGCCUUGCCGCCGAUCGCCGAGAAGCUCGAGAAGACGCUCGCGACGUCGCUGAACGUGGCCCUGCCGGCGGGCGCCGCCGAGGAGUUAUUGAGGAAGUAUGCGGCCGAGGACGGGUCGUUAGAUCGGGAGGCCUUCGCGGAUGUCGUAAAAGCCGCGCGCGAGGCGGCGGGGCCCGUACAACGGGACGACGACGUUGUUUUUCAGUUGGUGUUGGAGGACGGCGACCGCGUGCCGGCGUCACCCUUCCUCGCGCUGGCGCUCGCGCUGCGCCACCGGUGCGAGCUCGCGGCGGGCGACGUCUUCGACGGGCCGCACGCGGUCGACGCCACUGAUUUAGAUUUACCUAUCCAGCGCCUCGAGGCGUUGGUGGCGGACGGCGCGCGUUUGUCCGCUCAUUUCGCGACGAUGUUCGACGCCGCGACGCGCGACGCCGCGCUGCCGUCGUCCAAAGAGCCCUAGUGGCGUUUUUUUGUGUGCAUAGUCCUGGCCUGCACAUGCCAACCGGCGCCCGUGAGCGCGCCGCCCUUAA